AUGGUCACUACAUCAGCAGCCGAUUCAGCAAUACCCAUACAGUCCGGCGGAGUGAAGCAUUUCAACCUUACCUUGGAAGACCUCGACGCUACGAUUCUUCUCGCAGAUGCUGACGCGUUGUUGGGUUUUGACGAUGAAGAACAGCUCAAAUUAGUCCUCCGCGAAGAAAUCCUUGACGAUGCAGACAUUGAAAGUCUAACCAGCGGCGCCAGCGAGAAUGAUGAGAUCAGUAAGCGCAAGAUCCGUAAAGCAACGGAGGCCGGUAGACGGCGAGUAUAUCGACGGGUACAGAAGCGUGAGCGCGAAGAAUUGCGGCGGCAAGCACGAGUUCUAAAGGAGGAGCUAUCAUGUGUGCGACAGCUCAAAGAGAAAGAGAAGGCCAUGUUCGACGCAGCCCAAACACCAAUCUUUUGGUUUUGGAGAUCUGUCGCAUCUCGGCUACGGCGCGAGCGUUUGCAAGCUGAAGAGGAACAGCGUGCCUUAAUGAUUUCUGUUCAAGUCCAAACUGCGUACAUCAGAAAUCUGCGUGGGGUUAUACGGAAACGGGAGAGCGAAUCAUCCGUCCAAGGAUGCCCAAACAACAAAAAGCAGUGUAUCGAAAAAAAAACGAGAGAGAACGGUUGGAGGCUUUUAUCCAGGAGCUAG